GCGGAUGGGGAUGCACACAGAGAAAAGCGAAUCAACGAAAUGCACUCAGCUGUGCUUUAACGGAGAGGCAUGUCGCCCUAGUUUCGUCUCCAAAUAGUCCUAACCCGCUACAUUACAAAAUGGGUUAGAAAUAUGGACUGGAUCGCACAAACUUUCAGACACUGCUUGUACAAGAUAUUGGGGACCUUUCCGUUACAGAGUGGCCGAAUGAAGAGCGAAGACAAUACAGAAACGUAAAUUCGAAUGUAGUGUAUUUUCCGCAUUACUUUGGCCCAUUCUCUUUUUAAGAAAUUAUCGUUUUAAGAAAUGAUUACAGAGUUGGUAUGUGGCGCCGUGGCAUUGGUCCUAUAUCUCAACACACUGAACGCGGAUUUCUGCUACGAUGACAGCCGUGCGAUCAAGACCAACCAGGACCUUCUCCCUGAGACCCCAUGGAUCAACAUCCUGUAUGAUGACUUCUGGGGUACCCUGCUCACCCACAGUGGCAGUCACAAGUCCUUCCGACCGCUGUGCACCCUCUCCUUCCGCCUUAACCACGCCCUGGAUGGCCUGCGCCCCUGGGGUUUCCACCUGGUCAACGUGGGCCUCCACGCGGCCGCCACCGGCGUCUUCACCGCCCUCUGUCGCCCCCUGCUGGGGGGAGGUACCUGGAGCCUUCUGGCCGGGCUCCUUUUUGCCUCCCACCCAGUGCACACGGAGGCCGUGGCGGGGGUGGUGGGGAGGGCCGACGUGGGCGCAGCGCUGCUGUUCCUCUUGUCCCUUCUCAGCUACGUGAGGCACUGCAGGCUCCGCUCGGCCUCCAGGGACUGUCAGACCAGGGGCUGUGGUGGACUCCGUGCCUGGACUUGGUUGUGGAUGUUGGGUAGCCUGGGUUGCGCGGCCUCCAGCAUGCUGUGGAAGGAGCAGGGGGUUACGGUGCUGGCCGUGUCCGCAGCUUACGACCUCUUCAUCUUCCAGCGGCUCAGGUUCCGCCAGGCUGCGGUCAUCCUCUUCGGGAAGAAGAGGAACACCAGUGUGCUGCUCAGCCUGAGUAUAUUGGCCUGCUGGGGUGUGCUUCUCCUGGCCACGCGCCUCUACUGGAUGGGCAACAAGCCGCCCAACUUCUCCAACUCUGAUAACCCAGCUGCGGACUCGCCGAACAUCCUCACACGAACUUUAACCUUCUUCUACCUGCCUGCCGCCAACGCCUGGCUCCUCCUCUGCCCCAACCAGCUCAGCUUCGAUUGGUCCAUGGACGCCCUACCCCUGGUCAGGACCGUUGCCGACUGGAGGAACCUUCACACUGUGGCCUUCUACGCUGGGUUUAGUCUCCUGGCUUUCUUUGGCCUUCGUGAUAUUAGCGGCCACUCCUCCAAGGCCAAGGAGGACAGUGAAAAUUCUCUUGUGACAAACGGGAAGACGCUCACCAACGGCCACAGUUACGAUCCCCCGGAUGGCCACCACAACAACCACAACACAAGCUCAGAGUCGGGGACUCCGAAGACCAAUGGGAAGAGCACCCACAGCGGGAAUGGGCUCACCAAACCACACCCCUGCACCCCGCGGACAGCUCACCCCUCCCUCCCCGGCGCCAGCACGCUUCCCUCCACGGAGAAUGUGGUCGUUUUCUCCCUGGGCCUGCUCUCACUGCCGUUCAUCCCGGCCACGAACCUGUUUUUCUACGUGGGCUUCGUGAUAGCUGAGCGGGUGCUCUACAUCCCCAGUAUGGGCUUCUGUCUUCUGGUAGCGGUAGGGGCAAGGGCCCUCUACAUUAGGCUGAGGACCAGGGGCCCUAGGGGCAUGUUGCUGGGCCUGUGCACGGGCCUGGUGCUGGUGUACAGCAUCAAGACGGUGCUGAGGAACCAGGACUGGAGCAACGAGGAGAUGCUCUACAAGUCAGGGAUCAGUGUUAACCCAGCUAAAGCAUGGGGCAACCUGGGGAAUGUCCUAAAAAACCAGGGCCAGAUGGCAAAGGCGGAGAGGGCAUACCGAAAUGCCCUGUACUACAGAGGGAACAUGGCUGACAUGCUGUAUAAUCUGGGUUUGCUGCUACAAGAGAACGACAGGUCCUCCGAGGCACUGCAUUACUAUAAACUGGCCAUUGGGAGCAGACCUACUCUGGCAUCGGCCUACCUGAACACGGGCAUAAUCUUGACGAACCAGGGCAGUCUGGAUGAGGCCAAGAGGACCUUUGUCACCUGCGCCGAGAUCCCCGAUGAGAACCUAAAGGACCCCCAUGCCCACAAGAGCUCCGUCACCAGCUGCCUGUACAACCUGGGCAAGCUACUCCAUGAGCAGGGCUUGCAAGAGGAGGCUUUGUCGGUCUACAAAAAAGCGGUACAGAAAAUGCCGAGGCAGUUUGCGCCACAGAGUCUCUACAACAUGAUGGGAGAGGCCUACAUGAGGCUGAACAGACUGGAGGAGGCGGGACACUGGUACCGGAAGUCCCUCGGGGCCAAGCCAGACCACAUCCCAGCCCACCUGACCUAUGCCAAGCUCCUAUCCAUCAUUGGGCAGAAGACCCAGGCAGAGCACUACUAUAUAAAGGCCAUUCAGCUGGGUCCUUCCAAAGGAAACUGCUAUAUGCAUUACGGUCAGUUUCUGCUGGAGCAGUCCCGCUUGGUUGAAGCCGCAGAGAUGGCAGAGAGAGCAGCGGAGUUGGACAGUUCAGAGUUUGAUGUGGUCUUCAGUGCAGCUCACAUGCUCAGACAGGCCAGUUUAAACGAGGCAGCGGAGCGACAUUACGAGCGCGCAGCGAAACUUAGACCAGACUAUCCAGCAGCCCUGAUGAACCUGGGGGCCAUUCUCCAUCUGAAUGGCCGCCUACAACAGGCUGAGGCCAACUACCUACGAGCGCUGCAGCUCAAGCCCGAUGACGUCAUCACCCGGUCUAACCUGCGCAAGCUGUGGAACAUAAUGGAGAGGCAGGGCCUGAGGACCACGCAGGGACCUUGAACCUCAAAAAACAGACACAGGAAAACUGGAAGUAGCCAAAGCGAGGGCCCCUCAGUGGGAAUGAUGGCCUAAAAAGAGGUGGGGGAAACCCCAGAAAUUGACUGAGUAGAGACAUGGGGCUUAAUGUGCCACGGGGAUGAAUACAGAGGCCAACUCGAUCUGUUUGAGAUCAGCAGUCUGAAUGGGACAGAAGUUAGGGAACCAUGUAAUCCUUGUGGCCGGAGGCCUGGUGGAUUCCAGAGUCAAUAUGCCAACCUGAGCUGCCCUGGACUGUAUAUCUAAGGAUUAUGGGUCGAUUGACCCCUGGGAUGGGUUAGCUACACAAGUCAACAUAGUUAGGAUGACAACCCUUGGCUACCCAGAGGCAGCCUCACAGAGGUCAAAGAGCAGGGUCCGGGAUAGUCCCGGUCUCAAGCUGGGUGGCUACGAGAUUACUCUUAUCUUGUAUUUUCAUAGAAAACUCCCAAGACGUGUUAUUACAGAAGCCUUUAAUUUAAGUUAGGAAGUGUAUAUGGAACAAAAGUCAUAACUCCCAUCCAUUUGCUGAUAUCAACAGGGCUUGGAGACUAAAUUUGUACUUGCUUUUUAUCCACGAUAAACAUGUUUGCCUGAAUAUUUGCAUUACAUAUACUAAGGUCUGGGUUUAAUCAUUCCUGCACAUAACACUGCCCUGUCUUGUCCUUAUGUCAAUGGUACAUUCCAGAACAAUAUAGUCAAACUUAUUUUCAUAAAUGAGUGAAGACAGAACUGCAAACUAUUCUGCAAAGGAUGCCAACAGAUCUUUACAAGGUACUAACCCAGAACUAAAUUCAUUCACACCCAACAGAAAGUUGUAAAGACUGUGCCAAAGCUAUACAGUAUCUUGCUGUGCGUGUUGGGACAGCCUAGCAACAGUGGAUCCUAAUGCAACUCAUGAACUGCAUUUUGUUUCUUAUGUAAUAUAAUGAAGAGGUUUUAUUUCAAUUUAUGUGAUCACAAGAAUUCUUAACUUAUUGAUUUGUGUUUACGGUCUGUUUCAACACCAACACUGUGCCCUUUUUCUUAUGACAUGUCAUUCUAGAGGCUUUGUUCACUCACCAUCUCCCUCUCACAUACACAUACACCUUGUUUGAGCUAAUUGUACAGAAACAACAUGAAGUAGUUAGAGGUUUUAAUGUGUCUCUGCUCAGGGAUGUCAGUUGGUGUUACUGUCAAAACCAUACUCUCCUGGCCAUGAAGGAGUUGACGAAUGGACAGUAAGUUAUUUUAUUGUUUUUUGAGGUCAUUCUAUGUGUUUAAAUUAUGGGGGACCGUUGGCCUUUUGUCUUGUGUUUUGUAAAACAGCUGUUAAUUAUUUUCUGUUUGCCAUUAAAAAUGACACGACUUCA